AUGGCCAUGAACUCUAGAAGGGAGCGUAAUGCUAGAGUUGCUCUUUUUGAUGGUAUUGAGGAAGGGGGUAUCAGGGCUUCAUCUUCUUAUUCCUCUCGUGAAAUUGAUGAACAAGAGAAUGACAGAGCAAUAGAUGGGUUGCAAGACCGAGUUAGUCUGCUGAAAAGAUUGUCAGGUGAUGUACACGAGGAGGUUGACGCUCAUAAUAGUAUGCUGGACAGGAUGGGCAAUGACAUGGAUGCUUCAAGGGGAGUUUUAUCGGGAACCAUGGAUAAGUUUAAGAUGGUAUUCGAGACCAAAUCAAGCCGGAAUAUGUUUACACUUGUGGCAUCGUUUGUGCUAAUUUUUCUCAUUAUUUACUAUCUCACUAGGACUCCCAUGCAAACGUUUGUGCACUUCAAUACUUUGGCUUUUAUCAAUCUAUGGAUGUUCGACAGUAGAUAUGAGAAUGGAAAGAAUAUGUUCGUCUCCAAUGUUUAG